AUGGCUUUGGUUAAUGAGUCCUACUACCAGCCACCCUUCUUCCUACUUUCUGGAAUUCCAGGGCUGGAGGAAUCACAUAUAUGGAUCUCUAUCCCAUUGAGUAUCAUGUAUGGAAUUGCCAUUCUGGGAAACUGCCUCAUCAUUCACAUAAUAUACAAGAAUUCCAGUCUUCAUGAGCCUCAAUAUAUAUUCUUGUCCAUGUUGGCAGCCACUGACACUGGCAUGUCAGUAUCAACACUGCCUACUGUACUGAAUGUCUUUCUUCUUAACCACCGGGAGAUAGAGUUCCAUGGUUGCCUGGCCCAGAUGUUCUUCAUUCAUACUUUUUCUUCCAUGGAAUCUGCCAUAUUACUGGCCAUGGCCUUUGACCGCUUUGUGGCUAUAUGCAAUCCACUGCGCUACACUAUGGUCCUAACCUAUUCCAGAAUUACUCAGAUGGGAUUGGCUGCUGUGGCUCGAGGAGUGGGGCUAAUGGCUCCCUUGCCUAUACUGCUCAAGAGACUCCCCUUCUGUAAGAGUAUCAUUCUAUCCCACUCAUUCUGCUUUCACCCUGAUGUGAUGAAGUUAGCCUGUGGUUCUAUUCAUGUAAACAUCAUCUAUGGACUGACCCUGGUUCUCUGCUCCUUUGGUGUUGACUCCAUCUUUAUUGUCCUGUCUUAUGCUCUGAUCUUGAAGACAGUAGUGCACAUUGCUUCCAGGGAAGGACAACUUAAGGCACUCAAUACAUGUGUCUCCCAUAUUGUCACCGUCCUCAUUUUUUAUGUCCCACUAAUUGCUUUAGCCUUGAUCCACAGAAUAGGCAAAUAUCACUCCCCUCUUCCCCAUGUGACCAUGUCUAACAUUUUCCUCUUCCUUACACCUGUCCUCAACCCCUUGGUUUAUAGUGUCAAAACAAAACAAAUUAGAAAUGCACUAUGUAAACGACUUGUUCUAAAAGUACAGCUAUGA